UUCUGGAAAUCAUAAUUGAAAGAUUUGAAACCCAAACUCCCAAAUAAGUGUCAACUGCAUACUAUGGGUCAAGUGCAGAGCCAGAGCGAGCGGGGAGUUGCCGCCUCGGUGGAUCAAACUCAUUCCACCGCCACCGCACCCACGCUGCCCCAAUCCCCUUCGCCGCAGCCUUCCCUUGAUUCUUUAAUUGCCGAAGCUGCAGCAUAUGGUGCAGAAGAUGCGAACGAGUCUCUUGAUGAGCAAGCUCAGAAAGCCUUGGACUGCCCUUGCAUUGCUCAUUUGCGGAAUGGCGCCUGUGGUACGCAGUUCUCUGAUGCUUUCCUCUGUUUCCUCAAAAGCACGGCAGAAGAAAAGGGCUCGGAUUGUGUCCACCCUUUUGUGGCUCUGCAGAACUGUAUAAAGGCAAACCCUGGUGCAUUCUCAAAGGACAUCCUUGAUGAUGAUGAAGCCGACAAAGAAGAGGCCAGGAAAGAAGAAACGCCAACACAACAAUAUAAAAUCAUUCCUCCAAUUUGGUCAGUAGAAUCAAAAGGCAAAAAGCACAAGUCGUAGGGAUAUUCUCCCUCUUUGCUCCUUCUGGCACUAGGGUUCCCAUUCAUCCUAGCCAUCCAACUCCAGAUAUAGUAGAGAGUUUUUCAGCUUCUGACCAUUGAUAUUCUCUUAAGGAAUUAUGGACGCUUUUUGAACAUAAUACAUUUUUUUUCCACAUCCAUCAUAGAUUCAUAGGGUUGUAGGCUUGCACCCCUUUUUCAUUACAAGGAAGCUCUCAUGUUUCAAGUUUGAUAUGUGAAAAUGCAUUGUAAUAGAACAUAUUGGCUGAUAAAUUAUCUGAUUUGACCUUUCGACUUCCAUAGGAUUAUUUUCUGAAAAAUAUAUUUUCCCCUCUACAGGUUAGUUAAUGGAGUUUAUAGAAGAAGAAUGUUAAUGUUUUGAUUAUGUUUAAGAGUUUCAAGUUAAAUACCAGGGUUU